GACUCCUCUCUCCUGCCUGUUUCCCUUGCAUUUGCUCCAAUUCGCUUCAGCCUGCGAGAGUUUCACAGUUCAGAAGUGAUAACCAUAAAGAAGUGGCGUUUGAAAAGAUGUUGGCUUGCGCCGAGAUGAUCACUAUGUGCCUGCAGUCGGCCAAACAGAAGCAUCUUCAGGCUCAGCAGCAGCAGCAGCCGCUCCACAGCUCCGGACAGGGGCUCACUAUCUUUCAUGAUAUAUUCCGCAGAGCAGACAAAAAUGAUGAUGGCAAGUUGUCAUUUGACGAGUUCAAUGCUUACUUUGCUGAUGGGAUCCUGACAACCGAAGAGCUACAGGAACUUUUUUAUUCAAUAGAUGGCCGUCAGAAUAACAGCAAUCUGGACACUGACAAGCUUUCAGAUUACUUUUCUGAACACCUUGGAGAAUACCUGAAUGUUCUUUCAGCUCUGGAGAGCCUGAACAUCAGCAUUUUAAAAGCAAUGGACAAAACUAAAGAGGAGUACCAGGGUGCCAGUGUGUUGGGUCAGUUCGUCACCAGGUUCAUGCUAAGAGAGACAUCCACUCAGCUUUUGUCUCUACAGAGGUCCCUUCAAUGUGCCAUGGAGGCUGUGGAGGAGCAGAGCAGCCCUGCUCCGCAGGAGAUAAAGACUCCAGAGCCGAUAACAGUACAGAAAAAUGGUAGACGGUGUGGUCGCAGGGUCUAUAACAACCUAUUUGUGUCUUCGUCAGAUCCCUGCUCUAGGACACCCACUACAGGUAAAGGAGACAUCAAUAUAGAAGAUGAAGAGAACUGGUGCUCUCAGAUCAAUCGACUGCAGCAACUUUUGGAUAAACUGGAGUGUCAGGGUCCUAAGUUGGAGCCACUGAAGGAGGAUACACUGGCCAGCACAUACAGUUCUAACAUCCUGCUGGUUCAGAGGCAGAUGUCCGUGAUUGAUGACGAACUAGAAAGCUUCCGGAAAGUUCUCCAUAGCUACAUGGAUGCCACUUUAGCCCACUCUGACAACUUGCAUGUGUCUGUUCAGAAGCUCCCGGGAAAGACGUGUUACAUAAUGUAUGAGUUCUGGCAGGACCGCAUCUCCUGGAUGAGCUACCUUCAAUCUAACAGCAGCAAAGAUUUCCAACGUUGCAUCAUUGACAUGAUGGAAGAUACUGAGAUAGUUUCUACCAUGUUGCUGCCAGCUUCCUGGUGGAUUAUGACUAACAACUAAUGAGUGAAGCAGGAAUAUUUCAUCGACUGCCUACAUGGUCACACAGAGAGAAACACACUGGCACAUCAAUCCCACCUACCCACAUGCACAAACAGACAUCCCCACACAGACCUAAAGCAUCUUUAUGUUUAAAGGCAAAAGGGAAAAAACCUUAUCUGCCCAUUUUCAGCUGCUUUUCUCUAAUGUUCCAGUCUUCAGCUGCUCAUUAUUCUGACACUUAGCUGCAUUCUGUACCCUAUAAACUCAAAAAUAACUGGUUCUCUGCAAUGGAAAGGCUAUUUAAUGAUUCUAUAACCCUUUCUCAAUAGUGAUAUGGCCAUCUUUCUACCGCAGUGUUUGUCUUAUAUAUAACGACCACUACAACACAAGGAAAGAUUGAGCAAACAUUUUUGGAAUGUAAGUACGAAUUCUUAAUUUUGCGUGUUUAUACAGGUCCUUUCAACCACUUAAAAGAAAUUUUACAAAACACAAGAAAAUAUGUGGAGAUAAAAGACAGCUGCAUCCUUAAUAUGCAUGUUGAUUUGGCUUCAUCCUUCUGUACAUGAUGACGUAAGAUAGUGUUGCUCUGCUUGUUGCUUCUAUUUACCUAACCUGCUGUUCUGUGCACGGAAUGCUAAAAGAGCUGUUCAUACAGCUACACCAGCCCUCUAUCUAAUCCUAAAUAGCCUAGUGUUCAGGUACUCUAUUAGUUAACCUGAAACAUCCAUAUAAGUUGCAUUAUGUAUAUCUAAAUCUAAAAAAUAAAAUAAAUGUGAAUAUGAAAGAGAUGGAUUUAUGGAGAUUUUAUUCUGUUAAGAGAAUUAAAUAUAUCAGGUAUUUAUUUUCAUUAUGGUGGACUUGUUGAUCUGUAUAUACAAACUUAUUGAACUGUCCUGUAUGAUUCCUUUUUCAUUUAUUUUUUAAAUCUACACGUUGAAAUGACUGAAAUGCAACUUUACU